AUGGACAGCUCCAGAGCGGGCCUGUGUCCAGGGCGGCCGCCGAGCCGGCCUGGACUGAGGGACCGGGCUGGCUGUUCAAGCCGGAGGGCUGGAGAUGGGCAGACCCGGUGCACGAAUAGGAGACUAUGCAGACGCGACGGGGGGCAGCUGGCCCUAGCUGGGAGAUCUGACACAGCCACAGCAGGUGUCUGGAGCUCCCGGGACUGGGCCGAGGAAGAGAAUCGCCGCACGGGACAGCAGGGCUGGACCGGCGGUGAGGUGGGACUAAAGGUUGGAUUUUAAGGCGGGGGCGGCUCCCGGAGACACGCGCUCAGGUUGGAAGGUGGGGUGAAUGGCCGGUCGGCGAGUGCACCUUACUCUGCACCCCUGCGCCCACCUUGGGAACUGCACGCGGCACCCUCACCCCCCACGCUGAUGAUAGUACGGCCUGCAGGCCUCCCCUGGCGAACGAAGCUAAUGGUUCGUUCCACCCCGCCCACACAGAGGCUGCCCACCGGCUCUGCAGCUCUCGGGACUCCUCCGUCAGACCAACUACAGAAGGGGUUUGGCCUUCGCCCUCAGUCUCUCUUAAGGGCAGGGGACUUUGUCUUCGGCUCUGACCCCGCACUCGGACCCAGACCAGGUCCCAGCCUCCGCCUUGGACUUAUGCCUAGGAAGCCGGCCAACCACCGCCUUCAGACCUUGGGGGAAAGUUCUGCCUCUGCUCUCAGGCUCUGAAAAGCAGUCUCUGGACUUCAGCUUCUCUCCACCCACCCCCAACAUCUCAAGACACUCUAGCCCCAGGAUGCAGGACAGAUACACAGACACUCAAUGAGGGUCAAAGAUCUUUAAAUAAGGAGCCGGUGACAAUAAAUACUGUACAGGGGAGGGGGUGAGGGUGAGGGUCCAGAUCUGUGGUUUCAGCCUCGAGACUCCAAGGACCUGCAAAGAGGGGGAAGAGAGGGGAGUCAAGCUCAGGGAAGGGGGCCUGGGGAGGCAUGGGAGAGAGCCGGGCCUGGGCCCAGGGCAGUGGACUGAGGGAUUCUGGAGAGUCGGCUGCAGACCUUGGGAUGAAAGUGAGCCUAGGAGACCCCCCAAAGGAUUUAGCCAGAAUAGCUUGUGAGAGCCUGGGUCAGGGGUCAAGGGUCAGAACCCCAGAGAGAGGAGCCGGGGCUGGGGGUGGUGGCCAUCAAGGUCCCAGAAGUCACUGGUCUGGUCUGGGACUCUGGGGAUAAAGGAGGCGGUGGAGGCCGCAGGGGUGUGGUGGCAAAGGGCUCACGAGUAGCUCUGGUGCUGCUGGCGCCGGCGAGCAGAGCGCAUCUUCUCGAAGCGGGCCUCCAUCUCCUCCAGCACGCGAGGCGUGUAACGCACCACCAGCUUCACCGAGCCCUGGGCUGCCUUCAGCAGCUCCACUGCCUUCUCGUGCUGCUCACCCUCAACACUCUGCAGGGCGGUGUACAGACACCUGGGCCUGGGGCCUCCCACCCACACCCAGCCCCGACCCUACUGUGGGUGAGCCUGGUACCAGCCCGGGCUGCCAGGGCCUUGUGUCCUUCUGGGAGAGGCACAUUCACUCUUGGCUCAGCGUCCUCCUCCCCCCAAACCUGCCAAGUUCCUCAUGUCAGGGACAAGCCCUCAAAGCCCUCAGUCACCAAGCCGGACCUCCAAGUCCACCUUUAUCCCCUCCCUCCCCAAAGCCUGCUGUUCCCCGGCCCCAUCCCUCCUGCUCUGACUCCCUACUUUGUCCCUGCCACCCUGGCCCCAGUUCAGGCCUCAUCUUCUCCCCAGGGACUUUCACCUAGCCUCCUCCCUCGAACUUCUGGCCUCCAGUCUCUACCUUCAGUCCAUCCCCUACAGAGUUCCAAAGGGGUCCUUCGACCCCUCCAAGCUGAGCCUAUCCCUCUGCUGUUCACAGCCUUCCCAAGGCUCCCUAGAACCCUUGAGAUGAAGUCCCACCUUCCCAGGUUGACACUUGGGCCCUGUAUGGCUGGCCCCAAGCCCUUUCUGUUCAGCUCAGAGGAGUGUAGAGCCACAGCCCCGACCUACAACAUCCUCAGCUAGUAAUACUCUUCUCUACCCUAUUUGCCUGGAGAACUCCUCUGCAUCCUUCAAAACCCAACUCAAAUGUU